AGGGGGCAACUCUCGAUGACGAAAUCCCUCGAAUUUCGGCAGAUUACAUCUACACACAUUACUAAAGUUACCAGCAGAAUGAGCACUACCGAAAUUGAUUUGAAUGUGACAACACCUAAACCGAACUACAUAGUCCGAGUGACUCCAGCUUCACAGAUGGCUCUAGCAAUAGAUCCACUUAGCCAUGUAGGCGAUGGUAUAUUUUUACAAACGAAAACGGCCCAGGGAUUGGCGGGUAUAUUUGUCUGGGCGGCACUUUUUAUCACCUGCCAACAGAUUUAUCAUCACCUGCGAUGGUACACAAAUCCCCAGGAACAACGAUGGAUAGUUAGAAUACUUUUUAUUGUACCAAUUUAUGCAACAUACUCUUGGAUAAGUUUAUUGUUUUUCAACUCAGACAAUGUUUAUGUUUAUUUUUUCACUGUCAGAGAUUGUUAUGAAGCGUUUGUUAUUUACAAUUUCUUAUCAUUGUGCUAUGAGUAUCUUGGUGGCGAGGGUAAUAUUAUGUCCGAGAUUCGUGGCAAACCAAUUAAGACUUCAUGCCUUUAUGGAACUUGUUGUUUAAAAGGAAAAACUUAUACAAUUGGAUUUUUGCGUUUCUGCAAACAAGCGACUUUACAAUUUUGUCUUGUUAAACCAUUGGUUGCUUUUAUUAUAAUAUUUUUGCAAGCUUUUGGACAUUAUCAUGAUGGUGAUUGGAGCGCUGAUGGUGGUUACAUUUAUAUUACAAUUAUUUAUAACAUUUCCGUUUCGCUAGCUCUGUAUGGGCUUUAUUUGUUUUAUUUUGCAACAAGAGAUCUCUUGACUCCAUUUGAACCAGUUUUGAAAUUCUGCACAAUUAAAUCGGUGAUUUUCUUGUCAUUUUGGCAAGGUGUUGGCUUGGCUAUUCUGGAAAAGGCUCAAAUUAUAUCACCAAUUGUUGAUAGCACUGGAGCAACAACAUCAACUGGUACAGUGUCAGCUGGCUAUCAAAACUUUUUCAUUUGUAUCGAAAUGUUAUUUGCUGCUAUUGCCUUGCGUUACGCCUUCCCAUAUCAGGUGUAUUCGCGUAGCUGCAUUGGAGAUGGACAUGGAAGAUCUGUGACAAUGCAAUCAAUUUCUAGCAGUUUAAAGGAAACAAUGAAUCCCAAGGAUAUUAUGACAGAUGCAAUUCACAAUUUCCAUCCACAAUAUCAACAAUACACACAAUACAGUUCAGAAGUAACAUCAUCUCAGCGCUAUGAGAAACUCUAAAUGAAACGCUAAUACACACAAAAUACAAAAAACAAACGAAUAUUUAAAUUCGAGCAAGGAAGCUAAGACUAACUAAGAAUGAAAAACAAACAAAUUGCCUGUGUAUUUUGAAUUUUUUAUUAUUUUAUUUUUAUUUUUUAUUAAGGAAAGAAACAUACGGAUAAUAUCUUCGUUAAUGCUUCAUUUGUAAUUUUUUCCUUUUUUUUUAAAUAAUGAUUUUUUUUUAUUCAAAACUAUUGAAAAUAGCAUAAAAAUAAUUUAAUAGUAGUAUAAACGUAUUUUUUUUGCAUUUAUGUACUUUGUUUUCUUUUUUUUAUAAAUUUAUUUUAAAUUUCUGACAAAUGAUCUACAUACAAGCUUUUUAUUUUAUUUGCAUUUGCUGGCAAAGCAUUUAUUUUGAUUGUUUUCUUUAUUUAAUAUCCUCCUGCCUUAUUAUUCAAUGAAUACAAAAAUAAAUUCAAACAAAUUUUGGAGACAACUUUUUAGCUCAAUACUAUUAUUUAUAUCUAAUAAAAUUCCAACGAAGUACUUACGAAAAAAGCUAAACGUAUAACGAUUAAAAAAUGAUGAUAAUACAAAAACAAACAAAGUUGCACUGAAUAACAAAAAAUAAGAAAUAUUUUUAUUUUUUUCUAAAUAUUACUUUCCAUCUUUUUUUCCAAAUCACUUUACUGAUUUUUUUUUACGAUUGUGCAUUUUUUCUAUUUUUUUAGCUUAUUAGAUUGUGUA